ACAAAGGCGUAUCUUGUUUUAAAUCUAUGUUAAGGUAUUUUUCAAAGAGACAGUAACGCCUCCCUCACAGAGCUGCACUGAGAGGAGGAAUGUCACAUUUCCUGAACUGCAGGGGAGAGUUUUUCUGAGCGACAGCAGCGCUGCAGUCAAGACAAGUCUCUCUGUUUUUCUCGAAAGAAACACUCAACUGAAUCCAGCAGUUUUUUCUCAACAACAGCCGAAUCUCUGCCAAACACUGGUAUUUUUCAAAGAGGCAGUAACACCUUCCUUACAGAGCUGCACUGAGAGGAGGAAUGUCACAUUUCCUGAACUGCAGGUGAAAGUUUGUCUGAGCGACAGCAGAGCUGCAGUAGAGACAAGUCUCUCCGUUUCUCUCGAAGGAAACAUUCAACUUAAUCCAGCAGCUUUUUCUCAACAACAGCCGAAUCUCCGCCAAACACUGAGUGCCGAUAUGUCUGCUGUCAGCUGUCUGCUGACUGAAGAUCAGUUUCUCUGCUCCAUCUGUCUGGAUGUGUUCACUGAUCCAGUCACCAUACCAUGUGGACACAACUUCUGUAAAACCUGCAUCACUGAUCACUGGGAUAUUGAUCUUCCCUAUCAGUGUCCCAACUGUAAAGAGGUUUUUAACAUGAAACCUGAGCUGCAGGUCAAUACUUUGAUCUCUGAGAUGGCUGCUAAGUUCAGACAGUCAACUCAACAGAAAGCCAAAGAAGUUCCCCGUGACGUCUACUUAGGAUCCAAAAAGAAGACCUGGAUGUUCUUCCUGGCGUGUCUGAUGUGUGUCUUCAUUUCCUGGAUGGUUUCAGAACAAAAGAAACAUGAUUUUGUUCUUCUGAAAGAAGAAUAUGAAGAAAAGAAGAUCGAGCUGUCCAAGACACAGGCUGAAAUUCUGCAGAUGAUCCAGAAGGAGAUCAAACACUCAAUGGAGCUCAGUAAGGAAGACACAAACAGACAGAUAUUAACUGUGAAGGAGUCUGUUGAGAGAAGCCAGGCCGAGCUCAUCAAAACGAUCAAAGAGAAACAGACAAUGACAGAGAAACUGGCUGAAGGCUUCGUCAAAGAUCUGAAACAGGAAAUCUCUGAGCUGAAGAAGAGAAGCACUGAGGUGGAGCAGCUCUAUGUGGCUCAGCAGGAGAAACUCAGGAAACUGAUCAUAAAACUGCUCCCUGAGUCUGAUCUGAAGAGGGUCCAGCAGUAUGAAGUGGAUGUGACUCUUGAUCCUGAUACAGCAUAUCCUGAUCUCAUCCUGUCUGAUGAUGGAAAACAAGUUAAACAUGGUGAUGUGAGGAAGAAUCUCCCAGACAAUCCAAAGAGAUUUGAUACUUGUGUUAUUGUCUUAGCAAAGCAGAGUUUCUCUUCAGGAAGAUUUUAUUACGAGGUUCAGGUUAAAGGGAAGACUGAGUGGGAUUUAGGAGUGGUCAGAGAGUCAAUCAACAGGAAGGGAGAAAUCACACUGAGGCCUCAGGCUGGUUACUGGACGAUAUGGUUGAGGAAUGACAAUAAGUACCUCGCUCUUGCUAACACUGAUGUCCUUCUCUCUCUGAAGUCUCGGCCUCAGAAGGUGGGGGUGUUUGUGGAUUAUGAGGAGGGUCUGGUCUCCUUUUAUGACGUUGAUGCUGCAGCUCUUAUCUACUCCUUUACUGGCUGCUCCUUCACUGAGAAACUCUACCCAUACUUCAGUCCCAGUCUUAACUAUGGUGGUAAAAACUCUGCCCCUCUGAUCAUCUCUCCUGUCAGUCACUGAGUAGAACAACCAUUUGAGUUUCUAGUUUCACUUUCAUUUAAUGUAAUACAUGUAUAUUUACUGGUGAUGUUUGGUGUACAUAUACUCAGGCUUUUAACUCAGGGGGAGUGUGCAAUAUAUUGGUGUAUACUGCAGGGUAUCAUGCAAUAUUCUUGGUGUGUAUGUUCUGAGUGUAUGGAUCUGUGUGUGUUACUGAAUGUUAACUUUAGUUUGUAUGUACAUGUAUC